UUCCAUGCCAUCGCAUUCUUUUUUUUCCCUCUCCACUUCCAUAUUACUAUGCAACGCCACAUGUUUCCUUUGCCUCGGGAGUCCAAGUGCAGUGGCUGUGUUCGGAACUGGCUCAUGUCCGGUAAUUAUUGGGCGUCCGCUGGUCCAGCCCCUACCCUGGACGCCCGCCGCAUACUUCUUCGACACCACCACUUGCACGUCGGCGUCGCCGUCACAACUCAUAUCGUGGCUUGCCCGAAAACGUACAUUCGGGCGCUGCGACGUACGAAUGCGCUGUAGUAUAAACGUUGGACCUUUCCCAUCAUGCCACUUCAGCUGCC